CCAAGUCCGCAAUGAGGGUCAGCAAUGUGUCCUUCGGGUCCAAAUGCUUAAACUGCUCAGCCAUGCGGCUUGUCAUCUAAACUGUGAAGCUUAAUCAAACCCCAUUUUGGCAACCACUGGGAUUCAUUUAAACUCGAAAAUGGCAUCAGCAGCCAAACGACCAAAGGAAGAUGAUAUUCCCCUGCAGAACUUCCUUCAGUGGUGUGAUCGUGUCGGAUUGGUCCUCAGCAGUAAGGUUUAUGUGAGUAAAGAGGGCACGGUGGCAGACUAUGGGAUGUUUGCUGGGGACCACAUUGAGGAAGGGGAGGUCUUAUUCACCAUUCCCAGGUCUGCUCUUCUUCACCAAGGGACGACAAAAGUCGCUGACUUGCUUGAGCGAGAGAAAGGGUCACUGGAGAGCUCGUCAGGCUGGGUGCCCCUACUUCUGGCUUUGCUGUAUGAAUAUAUGUCACCGCAAUCUCACUGGAGACCUUACCUGUCGCUCUGGACUGACUUUAAGACUCUGGAUCAUCCUAUGUUCUGGUCUAAAGAGGACAGAGACAUUCUGUUGAGAGGAAGUGGUGUUCCAGAGGCUGUGGACACAGACCUGACCAACAUUCAGCAGGAGUACAAGGAUAUUGUCCUGCCCUUCAUGGCCAAGCAUCCUCACCUGUGGAGUCCUGACACACACACGCUGGACAUGUACAUGCAGCUGGUGGCUUUUGUCAUGGCCUACAGUUUCCAAGAGCCACAAGAAGAAGAGGAGGAUGAUGAUGAUGAUGAUGAUGUUAAUCCCGCCAAUCCACCAAUGAUGGUUCCGAUGGCCGACAUGCUCAACCACGUGUCCAAUCACAAUGCUAAUCUGGAGUUCACACCAGACAGUUUGAAGAUGGUGUGCGUGCGUCCUAUAAAGAAAGGCCAGGAGGUUUUCAACACAUACGGGCAGAUGGCCAACUGGCAACUCCUGCACAUGUAUGGCUUUACAGAGGCAUAUCCUAGCAACAGCAACGACACAGUGGACAUCCCCGUCGCCAACCUGCAUAAAGUCGCCACUCAAGACCCAGACAUGGACCAACAGCUGUUGAAGAAAAAGUGGGAGAUGCUGCGCGAGAUGAUGCAGGAAAAAGGAGCAAUUGUUUUUGGCAAACAUGGCUGCCUCACUGACACGGAGUUACACACAGUACUGAAGGUGCUGUGCAUGUCCAAUGAGGAGUUCUCAGACUACAGAGACAAUGAAGGAUGGGAGGAAGAGAAUGAAGAUGAAGAAGAGGUUUUCACCAACGAGGGGCUCUCCAGGUUGAAGACGAAGUGGAAGUGGCUCAUCUAUGAAGCGGCCUGCUUGAGCAUGAGGUCCUACAGUGAUGAGCUGAAGGAAGGAGAAGGUGAAAGAAGCCUGGACAGAGAUCAGCGUCUAAUGGAGGACAAGGCUGCACUGGCAGGGCUGAACAGCAGGCAGAAAAAUGCACUGCAAGUCCGCUAUGGACAGAAGAGUAUCCUGUACAAAGUCAUGGAGCUCACAAAGGCAUGAGAACUGAAAGGAACUUUCACAUUCAUCAAUAUAUUGUUCAACUUUUGGGGUAUUCCAGUGCUACAUAUUUGUGAAUUGUCACGGUGAAGCUGCAAAAACAUAUUAGGAACAUAGUAAAGAUAACUCAUCACUUCAAAGUGUGUCUGGACUAAUUUUCUGGAGAAUAAUUUGGUGUGUAACUAGCUGAUGCACCUCCUUGAAAGGAAAUAGACAAGGUGCAACGUUGCAGUUUGAAUGCUUUAUUAACUGUAUGUACGUAUACUGCAAUUAAGUAGCAAGAACUAAAGCCAAACUAGGAAAAAGACUACAAAAUACACAUGGACCAAUACAUUUACAAAACAUUCAAAAUGUUACAAAAUGGGCUGUAUUGGUCCUUCUAUUCUUCAAUUUGGAGCUUUGUACAUAUUGUCAAGAUACAAUUCCAACCACUCUCACUUUGCACGAUUUUACAAGUGCCAGGGAGAGACACCUUUCAAAUGGACCGAGCAUCAGUAAACCAUCUCCAUGCACACGCGCCACAUGACCCCCCUCCCCCUCCCCAGGAGAGACUAAACUAUAUCUUCGUGUCCACUCGAAGACAAAAUAAACAAAAAAAGCGAAAUAAUUUCUUCAUUUAGCUUUCAGCCUUCGAGAGCAAACAAAGUGUGGAAAAAUGAUUUGUAAGGGAAGCAAAGCAAAAACUUUGGUAGAGUGAAAAUAUGUUCAGAUGUUUUUACAUGUCAGUGUACAUUUUGACAUGUUCGCCACCCUCCAUUUUUCGACUCUCCCUUUUUU